GGAGCCUCCGAUUCGCUCGCUUAACUUGCUCACUAAUUCCAAAUGCUCUCUCCAAAUGCGGCCUUGAUCGCAAUCAAUUACAUCCUCUUCCUCUCCCUCUACAAUACACUCACCAUGGCCCUCCGGCCGCCACGGCUGGCGUACUACCCUACAGCAGAGGAAGCGUAUAUUGCUCUACAAGCGCACGCAUCAGCGCAGGGCUACGGCCUAGCAAAAUACUGUAGUAAACCAGACAGAGUAGACAUACGAGCAUAUAUACCUCCAAGACGCAUGCCGACAGCUCCGCCGCCAGCACCGCCUAUUUCUGUAGUCCCUCGUCCAGCUCCUGUCGCUCGGAAUGCCUAUCAGUCGACAGCUACACCGGUUGAUCUUUCUUGUAUU